UGUGUUCGCGCGUGUACGUAUGUGUGUGUAUGUGGGAGGGGAGGCCAGGAGUUAGUGGCAGGACCGUCACGUUUUGAAGUGGCUCAUGUAGCUGUGCUUUUCACGACCAUGUGUUCUGUAGUCAUGAUUACGAUGUCCUGCAUAUUCAGUGGCUGGGAAAGGCGCAAGAGUGGGGAGUUGUUGUUGUUGUUGUUGGCUAGUUGAUGUUGGCAGGGUACUGGAGGAAGAAGACUCCCCUGGAACGCAAACACUGGCUCAGUAAAAAGGGGCAGAAAGCACUGAAGAAGGUGAUACAGUGGGCGUGUGGGGUCAAGUAACGUUCUUGGACUGUCAUUGUGGAUGAGGAGAGAAAACACUCCCAGCAUUCCUGACCAUUGGCCAUGCCAGGCUGAUAAGAGUCAGAGUUCAAAAAUGUUUGAGUACCAGGUUGGAGAAAGACAAGGGAUAAACAGUCUUGAAAAAAGAUGGCAGGAAUACCAAGGCUGUGAGAGUGACGAAUGGAAGCAAGCAACUCAAGGAAGAAAAGAGUUUCUCACUUCUUCCUGCAUUGUCCACCUAAACCUUCAUGACACGUCAUGGCAAGAACUGCACGGCGGGAGCUGUCUACACCUACCAUGAAAAGAAAAAAGACACCGCUGCCUCUGGAUAUGGGACCCAGAAUGUCCGUCUGAGCAAAGAUGCCAUCAAGGACUUUGACUGCUGCUGCCUCUCCUUGCAACCCUGCAAGGACCCUGUUGUGACCCCUGAUGGAUUCCUGUAUGAGAAGGAAGCUAUCCUAGAGUAUAUUCUGCACCAGAAAAAGGAGAUAGCCCGGCAGAUGAAGGCAUAUGAAAAGCAGAAGAAUGAGAAGAAGACAGAGAUGGCCGAGCUGAGCAAGGCUGCCAAGGAGUCCAAGGUGAAGAGCUUCCUAGACAAAGAGCUGAGCAUUGUAAGCAAGCCCCUCAACCCCUUUGAUCGCAAGGCAGGUAAGUGCAGAGAACCAAUGGAUUUGGGACAGGGUUGAGCAGUGGAAGUGUUCAUUCCUCCCCCUUGCCUGCCUGAGGCAGGGCCCCAUGGAUCUUGCAAAUGCUGUUCCUCCUGGUACAAACAGGUGCUGUACUUUGUGUUCUCACCUUGCUUGCUGGGAGUUCUCAGAGCUCUUACUUAGUUUUGCCUGGUUUUUAGUAGUGCUCUUGCAUUCUUGGAUACCAUGGAGGGAAUCUCCUAUCCACAGCUUUGCUUGCAUCUUUUCAUUCUGGAUUCACGCUUCUGGCCCUCUCUUGCAAAGCUGCCUACUCCAAAUUCCUUCCCUUACCAUCAGUCUCAAGAAUAUCUCCUCUCCUCCCCCACCUCUUCUCAAUAGCUCUCCUUCCACCUGCCCCUCUCAGUUUAUGGAGGGGAAAUGCAGUCAGUUGCUACAAGAUAUGAGCCCCUCUCUCAAACAUAGGACAAAGAUAGCUGCAUGGUCCUAUGUGCUGCUGAGAUUUGUAGUGUUAUUUAAUACUAAGGUAGGCUAAUAGGGGUCAGAUUCUGGGAUGCACAAGUACUUUCUGGAUCCUGCCUAAGAUUCCAAGGCAAGCCUACUGGUGAACUUACAUGUCUGUAAUGCAGCACGACUAUCUUUCUGUAACAUACGUGACCUCAAAUCACCACCUCAUGCAGUGGUACCUUGGCUCACGAACUUAAUCAGUUCCAGGACUCUGGUCAUGACCCAAACUGGUUGUGAGCCAAGUUAAAUUUCCCCAUA